UCGCAGAAACGGGGUCGCCAAAAGAUAUUCGUUAGCAGAUGUUCGCUGUUCAUUUUACUUACCAAAAUAAACAAAAUAAACUUGCAGGAAUGUGGCGAGAAAUGGAGGGAGCAUUUGAAAAUUCCUCAAGACAUGAGGGUAAACGACGUAAGCAGGAGAACGGUGUGAAAAUCCGUUGAGUGAACAUCAACUUUUGAGUGUAGUGAAAAUCCUAAUCUUAUGGACACUGAUCUCAAUUCUGAUCCAGGUGAGGACCCUGAAUCAGCCCAAUGCAUGGACCAUGAAAACCAAACAAGGAGAACAAGAAAAGACCUAGAAAGUGAUAGCGGAGAAAAGCCAACUCAAGACAACCGAACAUCAAAGAAGCCGGAUGGAAAAGCCGGAAGAACCCCAUCCAGCAACAGGCAAUAACCCAACAAACAUGGAGGUGCAGAUCAACCAUCUACAAUAAAGUUCUACAUACUGAGUCAUACAAAGAUUUUCCUACAAACAAUUAAAUUUGUUGAUAUAAUUAAAGAAACAAGAAGCCCCCCAAAAAGAGGAUCCAGGGGAUAUAGACAACAACAGUCUAAAACCCUCUAACAAGUAAGAAGAAGAAAUGGAGGGAGCAGUUUAAUAUUGCAUAAAGGAAGAGAGAAGGAGGAGAAAUGGAGGGAGAAGAGGCCAGUAAUUGCCCAGAAAAUGAAUCCCCCAGCUGUCAGGUUGAUCUGAAGUCAUCUAUAGACAACUUGAUACAAGAAGUGGCAAUGCAGGAAGCAAUUGGAUCAGUUGACCCUAAUGCCCUUGUCACGCAGUUACUUAACUCUGCAUCAGUUCAAUCUAUGCUUCAAAGGGUGUCAGUUGGCAGUAGAGACCGUAAGAAUAGAGAAGGUUCACAUAGCAACCUUCCACCUCAGGUUCAAGAAAAAUUGGAGCCCGGACAUCGCUAUUUAUAUGUGCACGUUGCUGGUGGACGGGCUUUUGUAGACCACCUGGAAGAGGAAAGGAAUAAAACAUCCAGCCAAUCUACUCUCCUAAUCAUCUUACAAUUCAUGAGUCAGAGAUUUGAAAUAAAAGGAAUUCCUUGUUCAUGUGAUCCUGAAAUCAAUAAAGGCCACCUCUUUGAUCUGCAAGAACUUCGCAAAGGAUGUGGCAGCAUAUUAGGUUGUAAUGAGCUUCUGACAACUGAUUCCCCAUUGUUGAUUCUCUUAUUAAGAUGUGAAGGAAGAAAUUCAAUGAGGAACCUUAUCUCCGUCUAUAAGCUUGAGUGGCGCCCUCUCUUGGCACAGACCUCAGGCCAAGAAAAGUUUGUUUGCCAACUGAUGGGCAUUGGAAGUGAACAGAUACCUGUAGGCUUACUGGAUAUACAAGCGUCUGUGAUUCCAUCACUUGAUUCCUAUCUGCCUGGCUCUGCUGUCUCCAGAUAUCUUGAGGAAGCCAACACUUGCUUCGGAGAGAGACGUCGGCUUUUCAUUAAUUAUGCUCGGCAGUGGUGGAGAGAAUACACUGAGGCUGGAACAAACUAUGCAUCAAGAUCUGUCAGGAUAUUUGCCAUGGAUGAAAAUGGUAAAAAUAGAUUUGUAUGCGAGUAUGUGCGUCAGUUAGAGGCAGGACAUGCUCUUAGAUCCCCAGAAGAAGCAGCCCGUUGGGUUAGUAUUAUUCCAACCAAACCUGUACACCAAAUGCCUGCAGAUGGCAGUAGUCACUGGUACACUCUUCCUGUAGCUGUCAUGGCUCAAAGUUUGAAUGUGGAAAGCAAAUGUAGUUUGCUUUGUAGUCUUCUUCUUGGGUUUGGUUUGGAUGCCUGGGUGUGUGUAGGCACACUCCAUUCAGGUGGGCAACACACCUGGGUCAUGACUCGUGGACCAUAUACUGCUAUUACUUUCUGGGAGUCCUCAACAGGAUGCCGUUAUGUCUACAAGUUAGGCCAGAAAGCUGGCCAUGAUUAUGGGACUGUAGGCAGCAUCUUUAACCAUCAACGCUUCUAUGCUUCUGUUCAGGUAACAGACAAAAUAGGAUAUUGUAACUUUAUGUUAGAGGACGAAAAUGCUUGGAAGCGAAUGUUACCAAAUGCCACAUCCAGUAUGAUUCAAAAGGAGCCAUGUAAGGUAAAAAUUCUUCCUCCAAAUUAUGAUGCAGAAGGAACAAGCUCUGUGGUGGAGAUGCAGAUGAGAAUACUGAUGACUGAGUACAGAGCUGAUUUUGGACUUAGCACCAAUUUUGAUGAUCACUUAAGCCAUAUCCUGACACCAGCACUAUGGUCUUAUGAAAGAAAAGCUGUUUACAGUGUUGGUGAUGAUGAUCAGGAGGCAAAAGGAGCAGAACAUUUCUCAGCUGCACUUAUGCACACAAUUCCAGAGGGUCACACAUUCAAAGCAUUCCCUCUUCAUUUUAUGCACCAAUCACCACAACGGGCAUUUAAUUCCAUUAUGAGCUCCAGCAUUGGCCGCGAGAUAGUUGGGUGUCGUGGUGAUAAAGUCUGUUAUGCUGUGCGUGCUAUAACAGUUAACUAUCCUGAAAAUAUGUUCCUGACUUGGCUUAUGGUUGCUUGUUCUUAUAGACCUGUUGGAUGAAAAGUUAGUAAGAUAUAUAUAUAUUUAGAAACACAUUAGAUUUUAUUUGAGUAUUGUACAACAUUGUUCAUAAUAAAUACCAACUAUUUAUGUACUUAUAAAAUAAACCCGUAAAAUUUACCUAUCAUUCUUUUUAACCUAUAAUUAAUAUUUGUUUAUAGGGUCAUACAAACUAUUCUUGAGUACACAGAUUCAUGUACAAUUUUAUUUGCAUGAGUUCACAUAAACCUGAACAAUUAUAUUCAAACAUAUAAAUAAUAUAAAAACAUCCUCUGUUGUUUUUCAUACUCAGUAAAAAUAUAACAUUUAAAGGCACUGGAAUGGAACUUAACAAAAAUAAUAAAUUUAUAAAGGUGUUGAUAAAUAAAAGGGAACCUGUAGAACAUUUUCUUUAUUUGACAGAAGGACAGGCUGAAAUGGUGCACAAAAGAACUUGCCAUGGGAGGUCACAAGUGACAAGAUUUUAGAUACCUCAAAAGAAAAAGAAAAAAGUCAAUAGUACUAUCAUGCAUUCUUGAUUCUGUAGUGAUAACAAAUACAUAAACUGAAUGGCCAUACUAAUAUGACAGGGUUUAUAAAUAAGUGUAAUACAAGUAAAAACAAAAUUUUGUUUACGAUAUUCUAACAGGAUUAAUUACUGUAAGUAUCAUGUUGAUUGUAAAGCCUUGGUAUACAUCUUACAUUUUAAUAUCUAGUGUCACUAUGCAUUCACACAAAAAAGAAGCUUCUUAUUGUAAAAUAAUGUACAUAUUAUAACAAGCUAAAAGCACCUCUUUCUGCAAACAACCUGAUCAAGCAUACAAAAAUUAAGUUCAUAUCAGUAUCAUAUGAAUCCUCAAGGAUAUCAUAUUAUCAGUUGUUAACUAUUGAAAGGUAUAUUAAACAAACAGAUGAUUAUCAAAAAUGGAUGACAGAAUAAUUUUUAAAAAUAUUUGUUAAUUGAAUUUCAUAACUAAACCUUAACCUAUGAGUACUUGUCAGAAGUAUAAGAAAUGGCCACAUAUGUAUUUAUUACAUUGAAAGAGUAAUACAGUACACUCUCUAACUUUGCAACUUUGUAGUUUAAGCUCCAUGUGUAAAAAAAAAAAAAUUU